GUUGAAGUAGUGAGUGGGAGGUGACCGUAGAAUGGCUUGCUUUUCUCUCGCGACACAACCAAGCCCGAUGGCGAUGCGCCGCGCGGGGCUACUCGGCCGCCACUUUGCCUCCCCCUUCCGGCUUCUCUGCCGCCAGAUUAGCGUGGAACCGCAGGCUACCGUUGAUCGACUGAAGGAAUCGGGAUUGUUGAGGACUCAGGGGCUUAUCGGUGGGAAGUGGAUCGAUGCCUACGAUGGCAAGACCAUUCAGGUGCAAAAUCCUGCUACUGGGGAUGUCAUUGCAAGUGUUCCAUGCAUGGGCAGGAAUGAGACUACCAAUGCAAUAUCCUCUGCAUAUAAUACAUUUUCUUCUUGGAGCAAACUCACUGCAAGUGAACGGAGCAAGUGUCUAAGGAAAUGGUAUGAUUUAAUUAUUUCCCAUAAAGAGGAUCUUGCAUUACUUAUAACAUUGGAACAAGGAAAGCCUCUAAAGGAGUCACUGGGUGAGGUUUCUUAUGGGGCUGCAUUUAUUGAGUUUUUUGCUGAGGAAGCUAAACGCAUAUAUGGUGACAUAAUUGCUCCCACAAUCGAUGAUCGUCGGUUGCUUGUUUUAAAGCAGCCUGUUGGAGUAGUUGGAGCAAUUACACCCUGGAACUUUCCUUUAGCCAUGAUUACCCGGAAGGUUGGGCCAGCAUUGGCUUGUGGUUGCACGGUUGUUGUCAAGCCAUCAGAGUAUACACCUUUGACUGCACUAGCUGCAGCAGAGCUUGCUCUUCAAGCUGGCAUACCACCAGGUGCACUGAACGUUGUGAUGGGCAAUGCGUCUGAUAUUGGCGAUACUCUGCUAGAAAGCACACAGGUAAGGAAGAUAACAUUCACUGGAUCAACAGCUGUUGGUAAAAAGUUAAUGGCAGGGUCAGCGAGUACUGUUAAGAAGAUAUCCUUGGAACUUGGUGGGAAUGCACCUUGCAUUGUGUUUGAUGAUGCAGAUCUGGAUGUGGCAGUAAAGGGCAGUCUUGCAGCAAAGUUUCGGAACAGUGGGCAAACAUGUGUUUGUGCAAACAGAAUACUUGUGCAAGAAGGUAUUUAUGAAAAAUUUGCUAAUGCUUUUGCAAAGGCGGUUCAGGCUUUGCAAGUUGGCAAUGGCCUUAUAGAAGGUACUGUUCAGGGUCCGUUGAUCAAUGAAGCUGCUUUAGAAAAGGUCGAAACAAUGGUCCAAGACGCUACUGCAAAGGGAGCAGAUGUAGUGACUGGAGGAAAGAGGCACAGCCUAGGCAUGACAUUUUAUGAGCCUACUGUUCUUGGCAAUGUCAAUAAGGAGAUGCUAAUAUUUCGGCAAGAAGUGUUCGGCCCAGUUGCACCACUUAUGCGUUUUAAAACUGAAGAAGAAGCUAUUCAGAUGGCUAAUGACACAAAUGCAGGUUUAGCUGCUUACAUAUUUACUACCAGCAUGCCUCGUACUUGGCGUGUAUCUGAAGCUCUCGAGUAUGGACUUGUGGGAGUUAACGAAGGACUAAUAUCCACUGAGGUUGCACCGUUUGGAGGAUUUAAGCAGUCUGGUCUCGGAAGAGAAGGUUCAAAAUAUGGGAUGGAUGAAUACUUGGAAAUUAAAUAUGUGUGCUUGGGUAACUUGAAGGGGACUUAGAAAUACUGGUAGAGCACCUUUGCAAGUCGGCUA